AUGGCUUCAAGCACCCCCAAAACGCCAUCUUCUGGCACAUCACUAGCGAGCCUUCAUCGCCCUGCACCGUCCAGUCGUCAAGGCAGCGUCGCAACAAUUCCCUAUGACAGACCCGUCGCCCUCAUGACUUCAGGCGCUCCGCUGCUAAAUCCACGCAGCUGCGUUACUUGUCGCAGACGCCGAGUCCGCUGUGACAAGACGAUGCCCUGCAGUAACUGUCGUCGGGCUCAGAGCGACUGCAUGUAUCCAGCCCCAGGCCGCGCGCCCCGCCAGACUCAGGCGCAGAUGCGGCCUCCACCACAGUCAGGCAAUGGUCAGAGUGAGCGUGAAAUGGAUCUUAUGGAGCGGCUGCGAAAGCUUGAGGGGCUUGUUUAUGAAAUGAAUGGCCAGGGAAAUAUCAGUGAGAACAAUAUCGAAGCGAGUAAUGGCGAGUCGUCAAAGACACAUGAUACCAACAGGACUGGGCAUGACAUUCUCCAAGCAACGGCGGAAAAGAUCAAGAGAGAUUCGGAGAAUACCGAGUUCUCCAAGGUCGAUAAACAGCUUGGCCGCUUGGUGCUUCAUGAUGGGGACUCUACCGCACGUUAUGUCAACAGUGGCUUUAUGGUAAAACUAAAUGAUGAGCUUGCGGAGCUUCGCAACGAAAUGGAGCUCUUAAAUGAUGAUGAUGAUGAUGAUGAUGAAGACGACUUCGAGGACAACACAACUCCUGAGCAAUCGCCCCCACAGGGACCCGGAUCAGAAUCUGAUCACCACAGCUUUCUCCUCGGCUACAGUUCCUCCGACGUUGAUCUCACUAGUCUUCAUCCACUACCCGCGCAAAGCUCUUUUCUCUGGCAAAUCUAUCUUGAGAAUGUUGAGCCUCUUGUCAAGGUCUUGCACAUCCCCACCAUGAGCAGGCUCAUGACACAAGUAAGGCGUGGAGAGCAUGACCUACGUCCUGGUGACGAGGCACUCGUAUUUGCUAUAUAUUACUCUGCAGUGACUUCCAUGGAGAAAGAUGAGGUCCAAACAAAUCUUGGUGCAUCGCAAUCACACUACAUCUCUCAAUUCCGAUUCGCCCUUGAACAAGCCCUGUCCAAAGCAAAUCUCCUCAACACCACUAACAUGGCAAUUCUACAGGCCUUUGUGAUUUACCUCACUGUUGUUAAAUGCCACGACGAUAGCAGAUUCUGCUGGACACUCACAAGUCUAUGUGUCCGCAUGGCUCAAGCGCUUGGCCUUUACCGUGACGGACAGCAACUCGGUCUCUCGCCAUUUGAAGUGGAAAUGCGCCGUCGCAUGUGGUGGGCGAUCGUAUCUCUUGACAUCCGCUCCGCCGAGGAGAUGGGAUCUGACCUAAUCAUCGGCGACAAAACUUUUGACACCCAGCUCCCUACUAACAUCAACGAUACCGACAUUGACCCUUCCUUCACUGAGAUGCCUCCUCCACGCCAAGGACGCACUGACGCAGCCAUUUGUCUUUCGCGAUACGAGAUCACCGCCCUUUCCCGUAGAUUGUUCGCAGCUGUGGCCCAAAUGAGUCCUGUUGAUGCCAAAGACAUUGAGAAGAGUCUCGAAGAACGUGAGCGCAUGCUUGUCGAAGUCUACGAACGCAUGGAAGACAAGUUCCUAAAGCACCUCGUAAGGGAAGACGACUCUAUUUUCUGGGUAGCCUCUCUCGUUUCGAGGAUCAUGAUGGCCAAAAUGGGCCUCAUUAUCUACCAGCCCGUUCUGUUCCCAGGUACUGGCCCUGAGGCUUCCAAAGAGGUUCGCAGCCGACUGUGGCAGUCAUGUAUCGAGAUCGUCGAAUAUACCCACAUCCUCAACAUCGAUCCUUCUUGUCGACAGUGGCGAUGGCUAUUCAAGUCUUACCGGCAAUGGCAAGCUAUCGCCUACAUGCUACUAGAGCUUUCUAGGCGUCCCUGGGGUGUCACUUCGGAACGAGCAUGGGAAGCUGCUCAGAUUCUCGAGUAUGACCACCCGAUUGACGGUACAAAUAGUGCCGACCACACAGCUGCAUGGAUGCCCAUCAAAAGGCUUUUCACCAAAGCCAAACGCCAUCGCGGAGCGGAGCUCGUGCGUCUCCGCGCUGAUCCAGAGGCCGCAAGGCAACUCGAUAGAGAGGACAGACUGAAGCCUGUGCUGGAACGCAUCGGACCUGCCCCUGGGAUGGAGACUCGCAUGUCAGAGUUGAAAUUCCGAUGGCGCAAGAUCUUCCGCGCUGGAGAUUAUUCUGACGAGGCCGGAUACCAGAACAUGCUAGAGGAAACACAAGAACAACUUGCAACUAGCACACGUACAACUGCUCCUCCGCAGAACCCACAGCAGCCUCAACAAGGUACUGAGCAUCUUAAUCCGCUAAAUCCGUUCGAUCCAAAUACAUGGCAUAGUCUCAACGCUGGGAAUUCUGGUAACCCAGGCAUGGCGAUGUUUUACGAAGGAGGCAAUCCUGAAGCACAGAACACGGGCGGUCUCUUCCCAGGCGGCAACAGCUUAGGAAGCCUCUCGAGUAUCACAUCACCUGCAGUAUCCGGAGUGGCAUCUUCCUACCAGAACAGCAAUGGCCACCAAGCCACAGGGGACAGUUUAUCGCCAUGGCCUGGGUCAAAUAUGUUUGACCCAGGCUCUCUGGGUGACAUAAACGACCUGUUCCCAGAUGGGACUUUGCCAUCCCAAGGACUGGACCUUGAUAUAGAUCCUGGCGAGGUUGAUGAUAUCGAUUGGCAGAAUUGGGAUGAGGCUCUGAGAACUCUGAAUAAGCCGGCCAUGGACCAGAUGGGUGGCGGGGCUGGAAGCUGGGGAGGCAUGUGA